AUGCCCUCCCCAUUGACCGUGACGUCCGUCCAAUCGACCGUCCUCAAUAUCAUCCUCAACAUCCUAGCGCAGCCCCUCGACCAGCGCAAGAACACCGUACCUUCAACCGACGAUAUCGUGCUCGAGGAUUUCCCAGUCCCGAUACCAACUAUCGCCAGCUUUUCCUCGGUGACAACAAGCAGCAGAGCUUGCUGA